AGCAGUCGGAUCGGAAUUGGACUUGGGAAGCUAGGUGUGGAGUCAGGCAGAAAACUUGUUGGAAGGGAGUAACGAGUCGGCUCCUCUCGCUCCCUCCCCCGUCUGCGCCGCGCUUCUGGGGUUCCCACCAGCCUUGCGAUUUUUCUUAUCUGUUUCUUAGAGAAAAUACAAUUUUCCCCCCUAAGAGAAAAUUCCUGUUCACAGAGAAAAUAAGGCAAGAUCAAUGAAGGAGAGAAGAGCCAGCCAGAAAUUAUCCAGUAAAUCUAUCAUGGAUCCUAAUCAGAACGUGAAAUGCAAGAUAGUAGUGGUGGGAGACAGUCAGUGUGGGAAGACGGCGCUGCUGCAUGUGUUCGCCAAGGACUGCUUCCCCGAGAAUUACGUCCCAACAGUGUUUGAGAAUUACACAGCCAGUUUUGAAAUCGACACACAAAGGAUAGAGUUGAGCCUGUGGGACACUUCGGGUUCUCCUUACUACGACAAUGUCAGGCCCCUCUCCUACCCGGAUUCCGAUGCUGUGCUGAUUUGCUUUGACAUUAGUAGGCCAGAGACUCUGGACAGUGUCCUGAAAAAGUGGAAAGGUGAAAUCCAGGAAUUUUGUCCCAAUACCAAAAUGCUGUUGGUUGGCUGCAAGUCUGAUCUCCGGACCGAUGUUAGUACAUUAGUAGAGCUCUCCAAUCACAGGCAGACACCAGUGUCAUAUGACCAGGGAGCCAAUAUGGCCAAACAGAUUGGAGCUGCUACUUACAUUGAAUGCUCGUCUUUACAGUCUGAAAAUAGCGUCAGAGACAUUUUUCACGUUGCCACCUUGGCAUGUGUAAACAAGACAAAUAAGAACGUUAAGCGGAACAAAUCACAGAGGGCCACAAAGCGGAUUUCACACAUGCCCAGCAGACCAGAACUCUCGGCAGUUGCCACGGACUUACGAAAGGACAAAGCCAAGAGCUGCACUGUCAUGUGAACCUUCCGUUAUCUCUCAUGAGGACAAGGGAAUCUAAUGUAAAAAAAAAAAACAAAACCACCACCAACAGAGCGAGAAAAGGUGACAUCUGAACGAAGUGUACCGCCAAGUCCCAUAGACUGGAGGCG